AUGGCAGAGAAGACCCUUGACCCCACCUGUGUCUCCAUUGCCCUGGAGGACUCGGUCUGCAACGCUAGCUCACAGGAUGGCUCCUUCCUGACCACCCACCUGAAGAAGGUGGAGAACCACAUCACGGAUGCUCAGAGGUUCUCCCAUUUGCCCAAGCGGUCAGCUGUGGACCUUGAGUUCACUGACCUGUCGUAUUCGGUCCGGGAAGGCUCCUGGUGGCGGAAAAGAGUCAUUGAGGUGGCCUCAGGGGAAUACGGCGAUCUCAACCCACUCCUCUUCCAAGCCGUCCAGAAUGGGCUCUGCACCAUGGAGGAGAAGAAGGGCAGCCCAGAGAAGAUGGAUUCCUUGGUGCCGGGACCUUGUGUGGCGGAUUUGGAUCAUAUCGAGAGCCAUACCUUUGCAACUAGUACCCUGACUCAAUUUUGCAUCCUUUUCAAGAGGAGCUAUAUUUCCAUCCUAAGAGACACGCUCCUCACCCACCUGAGGUUCAUGUCUCACAUCUGCACGGGGGUGUUGAUCGGCCUCCUCUACCUACACAUCGGCAACGAUGCCACCAAGGUCUUCAACAACACCGGCUUCCUGUUCGUCUCCAUGCUCUUCCUCAUGUUUGCUGCUCUGAUGCCCACCAUUCUGACCUUCCCUCUGGAGAUGUCCGUCUUUCUGCGAGAACAUCUCAACUACUGGUACAGUCUAAAGGCCUACUUUCUGGCUAAAACUGUAGCAGAUGUUCCUUUUCAGAUCAUCUGUCCCAUCACCUACUGUAGCAUUGUCUACUGGAUGACCGGGCAGCCCCCCGAAGCGAUCCGCUUCCUGCUAUUCUCAGCCUUGGCCACCUUCACGACCUUGGUGGCCCAAUCGGUGGGUCUCUUCAUCGGAGCAGCAUCCAGCUCACCACAAGUGGCUACUUUUGUUGGUCCCGUUUCAGCGAUUCCAGUCCUUCUCCUUUCUGGCUUCUUUGUCAGUUUCAAGACAAUCCCAACCUACCUUCGGUGGAGCACCUACGUCUCCUACGUGAGGUACGGCUUUGAAGGCGUCAUCCUCACCAUCUACUCCAUGGACCGUGGAAAUCUGGACUGCAAAGACACUGACUGCCCAUUCCAGGACCCAGCCAAGAUCCUGAAGGAGUUGGAUGUGGAAGAAGCCAAACUGUACCUCGACUUUGCCAUCUUAGGGGUUUUCUUUUUCAUCAUCCGCCUUCUGGCUUACCUCACCCUCAAGUACAAGGUGAAGGCGGAAAGAUAAGAAGGGACACGGACCCAGUUCCUGCUGCUGAGGGACAGGCACAGUCAGCCAGGCAAUGCCCUUCCUAUCACUGCCCACAUGCCCCAAAGAGAACCUCUGCCGGCUGCCGGUCAAAGAGGGAGACGUUGGAGAGCUGGGGACCCCUUCAGCUUGGCCAAGGACUAAUGAAGGGUCUCAGAACUGUUUUAACCUAACUUCUUCAUGACAAAUGAGGCUUCCUCCCUCCCUUUCUUCCUCUCAU